UUAUUGUUGUUGUCUACAGGUUGUAAAGGAAAGAUGAAUUCCCUUCAGGUGAUUUCCCUCACUCUGCUGUCUGUACUGGCUGCUAACGCUCAGGUCAUCUCACCUGGAAGAUGCCCCAAGGCGGCUGUUCAGGAGAACUUUGACGCUGCCAGGUAUCUGGGUAAGUGGUAUGACAUCCAGAGACUGCCACACAGCUUCCAGAAGGGCGAGUGCUGCACCGCCACCUACAGCCUGAAGAGCCCUGGAGUUAUUGGAGUCAUGAACCAGGAGCUGCUUGCUGACGGGACCAUCAACAGCAUCAGUGGAUCUGCCUGGGCUAAGGAUGCCUCCGAACCCGCCAAGCUGCUUGUCUCAUUCUUUGAGUUCUCUCCCCCUGCCUCUUAUUGGGUGCUGUCCACCGAUUACGACAACUACUCUCUGGUGUACAGCUGCACUGACCUUGGCGUGGCGCACGUGGAGUUCGCCUGGAUCAUGAGCAGGCAGCCCACCCUGUCUGAGGAGACCCUUGAGGAUCUGCACAGCACUCUGAUGUCCAUCGGAGUUAAAGUGGAAAAGCUGCUGACCACCAACCAGGACCCUGCUCUCUGCAGCGCCAUGUAA